AUGUUGGCAAAAUCAUCCUUUUCGGCAUUAGCUGUGCUGGCUAGCGUGCCACUGGUCUAUUCGUUCAACAACCCUGCUGGAGUGGACAUAUGGUGUGGAAAGGCAUACAGGGCAAGCAACGACUCCUUCAACCCGGGAGGUUGGUUUGAGGAACCACCAAAAUCAUCAGUACCACUUUUAAAUCUGAAUGUGAAACCGCGAAUGAGCAUCUACCUUGAGAGUGAUUAUGAAGGAAGCCUUCUUAUAGACGCAACUGUGUCAUAUUUGACCGGAGACCCGUUGCCGGACACUUUUUCCUCAUCCUCUAGUAAAGGAUCUAUAUUAUCCAUCGAAAUCAUAUCAGAUGGAGCUUCCAUUGCUCCCAAACAACAAUCAGUGGUUGUAGGCUCAAGUGAUAAUGAGAUUCUCAUGAGCUUUGACAAGUUCCCCCCCAGAUCAACGCCGUACAAUAUCACCGUCCGUGCAUCUUUGUCCCAUGGGAACAGCAAAUCCAUUUCAUUUGAGGCUAGCACAGAACUAUACCGACUUCCUCAGCGAACGGAUGGCGGAAGUGCCACUCAUCUCGAUCAUCUAUACGGUGGUCUUGCGGUAGUGAAAGGAGAUCAAACGGCAUGGACGCCGAUUUUUCCGUAUACAUACUAUGUACAAUGGUCGCUCUACUGGUACGCCAACGUCUCGACGCUGGACGAGUUCGCUGCCAGAGGGUACAAUGUAAUUCACAUUGUUCCUACUGGAGACUUGGGUGACACUCCAUUCCCCUGGGACGAAUUUGAGCCCUACCUGCAGCGAGCGGACGAACUGGGUCUUUUCUUUCAGUAUGACGUGCGCUGGGACUACACCAACCUGACCACCAUGGUUGACCAAGUCACACGACUGCGAUCACAUCCAUCAAUUCUCCUAUGGUAUACCGGUGACGAGCCCGAUGGCAAGAGUGAUCCUACCAACUCAACAGCGAUUGCUUAUGAGACCAUCCAUGAGUUAGAUAUGUACCAUCCGGUAUCACUAGCACUGAAUUGCUAUGACUUUUACUACGAGGACUAUGCCUCGGGCGCCGACAUUAUUCUCUCCGACGUGUAUCCCAUUUCAACUAACACCAGUUGGUCGACUGUUUAUGAUACGCCUUGCAAUGCAACAUAUGGAUGCUGCGGCUGCGAUGACUGCCAUGGACACUUCGAGGAUAUCUCUGACCGGUUGGAUAACUUCGCCUACUACGAUGAAGUAAUUGGCUGGCCAAAAACGCACUGGGGUGCCCCCCAGGCCUUUGGCAACGAAACCUUUUGGACUCGAUAUCCCACUGCUAAUGAGGAAGUAAUCAUGACCAUGUUGAGUAUCAAUCAUGCGGCCAAGGGAAUUGUCAUGUGGGAUUUCCCCACAUCUACUGAGAUUUUGGGCGUGACUGACCAACUUGCCACGGUACUCACGAGCGAAACUGUUGCUAGGUUCUUGAUUGGCGCUCCGAUUACCCAGAAGUUAGAAGUGAAUGGAGGCGACCGGGUGGAUGCAGCUGCUUGGGUGCAGAACAGUCAAUUGUUGAUUAGUAUUUUAAAUCUGAACUACGGAGACCUCACUGGCGAAAUCAUGGUUAAACUCCCGGAGAACACUAGGGCACGAUCUAUUGCCCGUACUCUAUGGGGAGACUCGAAGUGGAGGGUGGACGGUCAACAAUUGUUGUCCCAGGGGCUAAAUGGGCUUGCUGUAUCCAUCCUUAUCGUAGACCUUGCUUAA